UAAGAUCAGCAAAAAGGUUACAAGCCCCGACCCCUUCCUUCAUCGGAACGAACAUAAUAGUGCAAAGUGCAACCUCAUCUUCGAUUUGCAAUUUUCUAAUUUUCCAAUUUGCAAGUGAAUCUCCAAACUUUAGGGCAUUGCAACCAUGGCUACUGCUUCAGUUGCAUUUAAGUCUAGGGAGGACCACCGGAAACAGAUUGAAUUGGAAGAAGCACGAAAAGCUGGGCUUGCUCCUGCUGAGGUUGAUGAGGAUGGAAAAGAAAUUAAUCCUCAUAUCCCUCAGUAUAUGUCAUCUGCCCCUUGGUAUCUCAAUGCUGAGAGACCUAGUUUAAAACAUCAACGGAAGUGGAAAUCGGAUCCAAAUUAUACAAAAUCGUGGUAUGACAGAGGUGCAAAGAUUUACCAGGCUGAUAAAUACAGGAAGGGUGCAUGUGAAAACUGUGGAGCUAUGACUCACAACACAAAGUCAUGCAUGGAAAGACCUCGGAAAGUGGGAGCAAAGUGGACAAACAAACAUAUAGCACCUGAUGAGAAAAUAGAGACUUUUGAACUAGAUUAUGAUGGCAAGCGGGACCGAUGGAAUGGAUAUGAUGCGUCAGCCUUUGCUCUUGUUGUUGAGAGAUAUGAAGCAAGAGAUGAAGCUCGAAGAAAAUACCUGAAGGAACAACAACUUAAGAAAUUAGAGGAGAAAAACAAUAACCAAAAUGGUGAGGGAGGGGAUAGUGAUGAGGAUGAUGAUGAGGAUGAUUUGAGGGUAGAUGAAGCCAAGGUUGAUGAGAGCAAACAAAUGGACUUUGCGAAGGUUGAGAAGCGUGUGCGAACAACAGGUGGUGGGAGCACAGGAACCGUCAGGAAUUUGCGUAUUCGGGAGGACACAGCAAAGUAUCUUUUAAAUCUUGAUGUGAACUCUGCGCACUACGAUCCCAAAACACGGUCCAUGCGUGAGGAUCCUCUUCCAGAUGCAGAUCCAAAUGAGAAGUUUUAUGGGGGUGAUAACCAAUAUAGAAAUAGUGGUCAAGCUUUGGAAUUCAAGCAGAUGAAUAUCCAUGCUUGGGAAGCGUUUGAUAAGGGACAAGACAUUCACAUGCAAGCGGCUCCAUCCCAAGCUGAGUUGCUUUAUAAGAAUUUCCAGGUCAUUAAAGAGAAGUUGAAAUCCCAAACAAAGGACACCAUUUUGGAGAAAUAUGGAAAUGCAGCUACUGAAGAAGAACUUCCAAUGGAGCUUUUACUAGGUCAAAGUGAAAGAGAAGUUGAAUAUGAUCGUGCUGGUAGGAUCAUUAAGGGGCAGGAGACAGCGCUCCCCAGAAGCAAGUAUGAAGAAGAUGUUUUUAUAAACAACCAUACAACUGUUUGGGGUUCAUGGUGGAAGGAUCAUCAAUGGGGUUACAAGUGCUGCAAGCAGUUGAUUCGGAACAGCUACUGCACAGGUGCUGCAGGCAUUGAGGCAGCUGAGGCUGCAGCAGAUCUUAUGAAGGCUAACAUUGCACGUAAAGAGGCCAAUGAAGACUCUCCUGCUCCGGUGGAGGAGAAAAGAGUUGCGACUUGGGGAACUGAUAUUCCAGAUGAUUUGGUCUUGGAUGAAAAAUUGCUUGCUAAAGCUCUUAAAAAGGAGGAUGAAAGGAGGAGAGAAGAGAAAGACGAAAGAAAGCGCAAGUACAAUGUUAAAUGGAAUGAUGAGGUUACUCCCGAGGAUAUGGAGGCAUAUAGGAUGAAGAGAAUUCAUCAUGAUGACCCAAUGAAGGACUUUCUCAACUAAGAUCAGAUUAUUGUAAUUAGUAUUUUCCAUAUUAAAAAAAAAAAAAAAUUUCUUUAUUCUCUGCAUUAACAAAAACCAUGUGAACCGAAAAUCAUGUUUUGUGAUGUUUAUAAUGUAAGACGGGUUCUCGACUUCGUAUGAUAUACAACCUAAAAUGUAUAUUUGAUUUCUAGGAA